UCGAGAUGGAGCUGCGCCAGAUGGAGGUGCAGCAGGCCAACCGGCACGUCUCCCUCCUCACCUCCUUCAUGCCCGACAGCUUCCUGCGCCACGGAGGGGACCAUGACUGCGUCCUGGUGCUGCUGCUCAUCCCCCGGCUCAUCUGCAAGGCUGAGCUGAUCAGCAAACAGGCUCAGGAGAAGUUUGAUCUGAACGAAAACUGCGCGGAGCGCUCUGGCCUCAGGGGUGCUGCAGGAGAGCAGCUGAGCUUUGCUGCCGGGCUGGUCUAUUCGCUGAGCCUCCUGCAGGCUACGCUGCACAAAUACGAACAGGCCCUGAACAAAUGCAGCGUGGAGGUGUAUAAGAAGGUGGGGAUGCUGUACCCCGAGAUGAGCGUCCACGAGCGCUCACUGGACUUCCUGAUCGAGCUGCUGCACAAGGACCAGCUGGACGAGACGGUCAACGUGGAGCCGCUGACCAAAGCCAUCAAGUACUACCAGCAUCUGUACAGCAUCCACCUGGCUGACCAGGCUGAAGACUGCACGAUGCAGCUGGCCGACCACAUCAAGUUCACCCAGAGUGCCUUGGACUGCAUGGGGGUGGAGGUGUGCCGGCUGCGGUCCUUCCUCCAGGCUGGGCAGGAGGCGUCCGACCUUGCCAUCCUCCUCAAGGACCUGGAGACCUCCUGCAGUGACAUUCGCCAGUUCUGCAAGAAGAUCAGGCGCCGCAUGCCCGGGACGGACGCUCCGGGUAUCCCUGCGGCACUGGGCUUCGGGCAGCAGGUGUCGGCCACGCUGCUGGACUGCCGCAAGCACCUGACGUGGGUGGUGGCCGUGCUGCAGGAGGUGGCCGCUGCAGGGGCGCAGAUGAUUGCUCCUCUGGCAGAGAACGAGGGGCUGCUGGCGGUGAAGCUGGAGGAUCUGGCCUUCAAAGCGAGCGAGCAG